AUGCAGCGUCGCCCAUCUCUUGUCCCUGACCUGUACCACGUCAAACGGACGACUGUAACCAAAUCCCCACCCUCUAUCCGCACCGAGAUCUGUGGCACCUAUACGUCGCUGGACUCAGCCCAAGCUGCAGGUCUCCGGCGACUUGAAGAUGAAGGCUAUACCCGCUCUUCGCUGAGCGAAUACGUUGAAAACGAUCUCUGCAACGACGAACCGUCUUCAUCCUGGCUCCACGGCCCAAAUGUCCUCGUCCACGCCCGCAAAGGUGACGAGAUCCACGACGUCGAGAUCGAAACCACGCCCAACUCGCUUGGCGUUCGGUCGAAGCCCGGUGACGGAAGAGUACAAGAUAAUCUGUUCUACGUUCUUCGAACGCUUCAAAGCGAAGGUGGGUCCAUUAACACUGAGAUCAGGGGAAUACACUUGUCAAGACAGGCGGCUAUCGCAGCUGCUAGACACGAGUUAAUCAGCGGUGAACGCAAAGAGGAUUGGUAUCAAGAGUACCAAGAGACAGCGGAAAUCAGUCUCCAGAAUGAUGACGCUGAAAGGGAACAAAUCGUGGUGUUGGCCACUGGAUCGGAUGGAGAAAAAUAUACCGUCAGUGUGGUGCAUGAAAGCUAA